CCGCGUGCCGCAGCCCGCGUCGCCUACCGCCGCCGCGUGCCUCCGCUGCCCCGCGCCGCUGCCGCCGCCGCCGCCACGCUCGCUGGCUGGCCGGGUGCGGGCGCCGGGCUCCCGCCGGAGGAGAGGACAACCAGCGCCGCCGCCGCCGCUCGGGUCCGGGCCCGGGUCCCGGCCCCGGCCCCGUCCCGGGCCCCGGCCACAACCCCUUGCCGGGCCCGGCCAUGAAGUGUCACUACGAGGCGCUGGGGGUGCGGCGCGACGCCAGYGAGGAGGAGCUCAAGAAGGCCUAUCGGAAGCUGGCCCUGAAAUGGCACCCGGAUAAAAAUCUGGAUAACGCCGCAGAAGCAGCUGAACAAUUUAAAUUAAUUCAAGCAGCAUAUGAUGUGUUGAGCGACCCUCAGGAAAGAGCAUGGUAUGAUAAUCAUAGAGAGGCCUUACUUAAAGGAGGGCUUGAUGGAGAAUACCAAGAUGACAGCUUAGAUUUGCUUCACUAUUUCACUGUUACCUGUUAUUCUGGUUAUGGAGACGAUGAAAAGGGUUUUUACACAGUGUAUCGUAGUGUUUUUGAAAUGAUUGCAAAGGAAGAACUGGAAUCUGUGUUAGAGGAGGAUGUUGAGGAUUUCCCAACUUUUGGAGACUCCCAGAGUGACUAUGAUACGGUAGUCCACCCUUUCUACGCUUAUUGGCAGAGUUUCUGCACCCAAAAGAAUUUUGCUUGGAAGGAAGAAUAUGAUACACGGCAAGCCUCAAACCGCUGGGAAAAACGAGCCAUGGAAAAAGAAAACAAAAAGAUUCGAGACAAAGCAAGGAAAGAGAAGAAUGAGCUUGUUCGGCAGCUGGUAGCUUUCAUCCGGAAAAGAGAUAAAAGAGUGCAGGCACAUCGGAAGCUUGUAGAGGAACAGAAUGCAGAGAAGGCAAGGAAGGCUGAGGAGAUGAGACGGCAACAGAAACUAAAGCAGGCAAAACUGGCAGAACAGUACAGAGAACAGAGCUGGAUGACCGUGGCCGAUUUGGAGAAGGAACUCCGGGAGAUGGAAGCACGAUAUGAAAAGGAGUUUGGAGAUGGAUCAGAUGAUAAUGAAAUGGAGCAGCAUGAGCUUAAAGAUGGACAAGAUGGUAAAGAUAGUGAUGAGGCGGAGGAUACUGAGCUUUAUGAUGACCUUUACUGCCCAGCAUGUGACAAAUCUUUCAAGACAGAAAAGGCCAUGAAGAAUCAUGAAAAGUCAAAGAAGCAUCGGGAAAUGGUUGCCUUGUUAAAACAACAAUUGGAGGAAGAAGAAGAAAAUUUUUCAGGAUCUCAUAUAGAUGAAAAUCUAUUGAAUGCCAAUUCCGAGGAAGAAAUAGAAGAUACACCAAAGCAAAAGCUUUCUAAAAAACAGAAGAAAAAGAAACAAAAACCGGCACAGAAUUAUGAUGACAAUUGUAAUGAAAAUGGACCUGGAGAAGGAAUAAAGGUUGAUCCAGAAAAUAUCAACUUAAAUCAAGACAGUGCCAAAGAAUUGGAAGAUAGUCCCCAAGAAAAUGUCAMUGUCACAGAAACCAUUGAACCUUGUGAUGAUCCAAAAAGUGAAGCUAAAAGUGUUCCUAAGCCCAAAGGAAAGAAAACCAAAGAUGUGAAAAAAUCUGUCAAAAUACCUGCUGAACCACAAAUACUGAAUGAUGUUCUUAUCAGCUGUACAACCUGCCAUAGUGAAUUUCCAUCCCGGAAUAAACUUUUUGACCAUCUGAAAGCUACCGGUCAUGCAAGAGCACCUCCAUCUUCAUCUUUAACCAGUGUAACAAGUAGUCGAAGCAAGAAAGAGAAACGUAAAAACAGAUAGAAAUUCUGCCAACACACUUUUUUUUUUAACUGUCUCUAAAUUUUGAAACCAAAAACUGAACUGAAAUCAUCUAAAGAGUUAAAAUUUCAGUGAUCUGAAAUUUAUUGCAUUGUGGAAGAUUAUUUUUUAUCUUAUAAAGACAUUUUUUUGUUUAAUAUAUAUAUUUUUAAACAUUUCACUAGUGAUUAAAUUCUACUUUUGCCAUCUGAAUUGACUUGAAUGUCUCAAAACAGGUAAAUAUUGUAAAGUAUGUACCUUGAUUUUUCACAUGAACAGAGAUGUACAGGGAGAAUUAAAUUAUUUUAACACA